GCGUGGAUCCGACUGGUGGCACUGGCUGUGGCAGUCAAAGUUCCUAGUCUGCUAAAUGGGCUCUUUAACUCUCUUGUCUCUUGACAGAAGGCUAAGGUAAAGCCUGCCGAGUCCACCGGGAACCUGGAUAAAGAUGCGCUUCAUCGUCACCUUGAUCUCAAAUCAGCCUGUUGAUAAGAUCUCUCCUGUUUAAACAACCACAAUACAGCGUAUGGUGCGGCAUAUUGACGAGAGAUCAAUUUAAAAUGCUUUGAGGCAUUACUACUUAGCAUUAUGAGCCUGAAUAGUGCGAAAAACCAGAGCGUAAAUGCGCAGGAUGAAGAGGUAGAUUUCGAAACACCUGUAAUUCGGGUGCUCCGAAACCAGGAGAGUUUUAACAAGCUCAACCAGUAUGACGUACCGCCAGAAACACCUCUCAUCCAAAAAGCGAUGGGCCAACUCUCCCCGGGCAAAUGCGCUGGCUGUAUGUUAUCCGUUUUUCCGUUCUUUGGCUGGAUACGGAGCUACAAUUUCAAAAGAGACCUAGUUGAUGACCUUGUAUCAGGAUGCACCGUUGGCGUGAUGCACAUUCCACAAGGUUUAGCGUAUGCAAUGCUGGCUGGGGUCCCACCUAUCACUGGACUUUACAUGGCUUUCUUUCCUGUGCUAAUUUACAUCUUCAUGGGCACGUCCAGGCAUGUCUCAAUGGGUACCUUUUCCGUGGUUUGCCUCAUGACCAAGGCCAUUGUCGUAGCGCACGCAGCGCCAGACACGGUGGACAACAAUUUUGAAACGGCACCAAGUCUUUCAUUUUCUGAUGCGUUCAUGGAGCCUGAAAAUUCUCAGCUGACGAGUGUGCAGGUUGCAACUGUCGUCUGUUUUGCUGUUGGACUUUGGCAGGUUCUAAUGGGACUUUUUCGACUGGGCAACAUCAGCGUUUUUCUGUCUGACACUUUGGUUAGCGGAUUUUCAACAGCGGCUGCAGUACAUGUUCUGGCGUCGCAGCUGGGCAGUUUGCUCGGCGUUCAAGUUGGAAAACACAACUCUGAUUUUAAAGUCAUCCUGGUCUUAAGAGAUGUGAUAAAAAAUAUUUCAACGUUGAAUGUGGUCAGCCUCUCACUCUCACUGUCAAUUAUGGCAUUAUUAAUUUUGUACACUGAAAUCAUCAAACCCAGAGUCGAGAAGCGCUGUCAUUAUCCUUUCCCUAUGGAGUUGAUGUGCAUCAUUAUUGGCACCGUUCUCUCCAUAUCCUUUGAUCUGGGUCCUUUGCACGGAGUCAAGUGCGUCGGAAAUAUCCCUAGAGGGUUACCUUCACCAAGUUUUCCAGCAUUUUGGCUUCUACCUGAUGUAAUUUUCCACAGUUUCCCAAUUGCCUUGGUUGGAUUUACAAUCACACUUUCAAUGGCUUCGAUUUUGGCCAAAAAAGGUCAUUACAAGAUAAAUGCUAACCAGGAGUUCUUGGCUUGUGGCUGCGGCAAUUUGUUUGCAUCCGGUUUCUCUUGUGUUCCUUUUGCUGCCUCCCUCUCUAGAAGUUUGAUUCAGCAAAAUGUUGGCGGCAAGACACAAAUCGCCAGUGUGUUUUCCUGCUCCUUAAUUCUGCUCAUUUUGCUCGCUAUCGGACCAUUUUUUGAAAAACUUCCAAAUUGCGUUUUGGCCGCAAUUGUCCUUGUCUCUUUGAAAGGAAUGUUCAUGCAGCUGAAAGACUUUCCUUGCAUCCUUCGAAGAUCAAAACUUGACGCUUUUGUCUGGAUGGGCUCGUUUGUCGUGUCUGUUUUCUGGGACAUCGACUAUGGGCUGGGAGUUGGACUUCUCCUCUCUAUUCUUUGCGUCCUACUGUACGGUCAGAAGAUGCAUGUUUACACUCUUGGGAAAGUGCCAGACAAUGACAUUUAUUUGGACAACAAGCACUACCUAGCGGCCAAAGAGUUACCUGGAGUCAAGAUAAUUCACAUAUGUGGAAGUCUCCAUUUCGCCAACAAGAACCAGCUGGAGAAAAGGUGCAGCAAGAUUGUAAAAUUACACGGCCAUGCACCACACGUUGUUGUGCACAAAGAUGGAGAGAGACGCGCCUUGAACUCUGACUCGGUUCAUUGUGUCAUUUUGGACUUGUCUGGAGUCAGUUUUAUUGACCCGUCUGCCGCAGACACUUUGUCGACGCUUCGGGAUGACAUUUAUCAGAAGUUAGAAGGAAAGCUACUCUUAGCAAAUGCUCCUCCUAACAUCCUGGAGGCUCUGAAAAAGUAUAAAUAUUUCUCAAGCUCUCACCCAGUUAAUGGAAAUUUGUUCCCAAGUAUUCAUGACGCUGUACUCAAAGCGCAGGAGUUAUCUCUCUUGGCGUCAGGAGAGUCUUAACAUAUGAGCACAAUAAGUCCAAGGAAAACGUGUGUUCUCUUAGUGACAUAUAGCUGUGAUUUAGAAAAUGCAGAUCAAAUAUACAAACAAAUUUUAAUUUUUUUAUCUGUUGGUUCGAGUUCCUGUAACUUGAACAGUGUGUCAAUUUUAUCAACGGUUUGUGAAUAAAUAUUACUACACUUGUGAAAUA